AUGGCUGCCCCGACGCAGGAGGCGAAGCUUUUCUGGUCUGAGUUCCAAGCCCGCUACCCAGAGGGCGCGGAACGAGUGCAGCAGCAAGUGGAGAAGGAGCACGCUGAGAAGAGGAGGGCUCAGGGUGGUCUGGGUGAAUUGCGGGAGGCUUGCCGUACAUUUUUCAAAAGUGUAUCGCAUGAAGGGCUGUUGGAAGUAUGUGCAAGACUGGACUAUGCCUCGACUGAGGCGCAGGAGCUGUGCUACGAACCUCGUGCUGGUCAGUAUGUUGUUAAAGGGUCUGGCGGUCUUUGGCCAGAGGGCGGCCCACAGACCAAACUGGAGGCAAUGAUUGACUGCAGGGCUGUCUUCGAUGAGCUUCGCUUGGCGGUGUUUCUGCGGUGUCCUUGCUUGGUGGAAGUUGAAAGCAGUUUGCGGGGGAGUGACAUCGACAAGGAGGCUUGUCAAGCCAUGGCAGCUGCCGUGGCAGCUUUUCGGGAAGCGCCGCAGCAGACCACCGGGCACACAGGCUCUUUUCUGAGUGAAGCCUCCGCAACUUACCUGGCCAUUGUACAGGAUCCUAGCUACUACUUCAGCUGUGAUGAAAUUGCUUUGAUUGCCCGGGAGCGUGGUCUCAACGUGAUCCUUGCAAAGGAACUUGGGAGGAAGCAAUGGGUGGCGGAGGCUGUGGUGCACAGUGGGGCAGGACCAUUCCAAGCAAUCCUGCUGCGGGGUGCAAGUGGCGCAGGCCAUGUGAGGACGCACUUUGAGCGGCUGCAACGCGUGGCAAACGCAGGUGUCGCUGACCUGACGACGGAGCGAAGACACUGGUGGAAGUGCAGGGUUUGCAGCGCCACCUUUUCUUCUUCGAUCCUUGUGCCCGAGGGCGGCGUUUGCUGUGGCCAUCCUGUGGAGGAGGGGGUCCAGCAGGCCGGAGGGCCAGCUGGUGAUGCGCACGCAGCUACACUAGGACAGGGCCCAGCGACGCCAUGUGAGGAGCCAGACGCGAGGUUGCCCAUCCCAGAGUGGGCUUUGCCAGCCUUGCGGCGCAAGGUGACUGAAGUGGCGGCAGAAGAAGCGGACGCCGACAGCAGGUCGGAGGCCGGCAGCGGGCCCACAGAGGCCGCGGGGUUGCAAGACAGCGGUGCGGAGAGGAGCGGGAAGCCGAAGAGGGAAAAGUUGCCGUUUGCUCACGGCACUGACGGCACAUGCGAGUUUGAGCGCGCAGUGGAUCUGGUGCUGGAAACAUAUCGUUCUGGCGGCGCUGUCCAUGCGGUGGAGCUGGAAGCACUGCCCUUCGCAGCUCUUGGUCAGCGACUGCAAGAUCUUGUCGCAGCUUAUGAGAUUGAUGGCAUAGGGUCAACAGAGGCUGUCUGGUUGCAGCCCAUGAUCUGGCAAGCCUCAUUUCUGCCACUUGCUGUUUUGGUUGAGGCCUGGAGCCGAGCCACAGGGCUACCAGCGCUUUUUUACAUGGAUGCCUUUCACGGCUUACUGCUGGGGUUGCUUCACAAGGAUAUUACAACUGACGUGGCCGGCUUCAAGUGCCGGAGCCGCUACUGGGCCGUUGGAACCGCGCAGCCAGGGAGUGGAAAAAGCCCGGCAGUUGACCCCAUGGUGGAAGCGCUGCAAGAAGUGCUGGAGCAACAUCCAGAUUUGGCAGCAGGCGAGGCGUGGGACAAGUUCCACAUUUGCGAUCCGAAGACGCACUGCGCAACAGUGGACAAACUGAGGGAUGCAGAUGGGUAUCUGACAGUCGUUGCCGGGGAAGGCGGACCGUUGCUGUGUCCUUCAUGGCCAUCAAGCGCCACAUGGAACCAAACCACGCAUGUCAACCUGCAGCGCUUUCUGAACAGCGCAAAUGGCGGCAGCGUCCCGUGGGAGAAUGCGAUCGAGCGGAAGGGUAAGAAGCAGGCGAUGGAGGAGCAAGUCCGAGCGAGCCCCAAUGUGCCUGGCGACCGGACGAACGUAUCUAUAGUUCUUUUCCAGCAGUGCUCUGUUUUCUCGAACUGGUGGGCGGCCGGCGAGCUGAAGCAAGCCAUUGGUCUACCGCAGCGGUGCGUCUUUUCCUUUGGAGCUGUGCGAGAGCCGGGGCCACCAUGGCUGCAAGGGUUUGAGUCGGAGGUAGUCAUUCCGCUGCUGAAGCGGGGCUUCCUUUGGAUACUGAAAACGCUGGGUCCGAAGGCUCCGCUUUCCGACCGGACCCCGGGCCUGAGCUGGCGCCUCGGCAGUGUUUGCCGGGAUGUGUUCUGGCGCUAG